CCCUCACUCAGAGGCCACUAAAGGAGCCCCACUUCCUUCUCUGGUUUCUUCCAAGGGAAUAGAUAUACCAGGAAGGAGAGGCUUGGGGCAGGGAGAAGGAAAGGGAAAUGGAUCCCUUUAAAAGACCCCACAUGAUCUAACAUGGAAGAAAGCCACAGAAGCUGGAAGAGCAGAGAAGCUUCCACAGGCUAGCCAGGCCAUGUCACAACAGAAUCAGCAAAGUCAGGGGUCUCCGAGUGCUCUCAGAUGCCCCCCUCCCCAACGCCUGACUCCUUUCCCAGUUUCCUGCUCUGCUCCUUGCCCUCCGUAUGCAGCGCACUGUGGUUCUGAUUCCCAAAGGCCCCGGGAUCAGAGCUCAGCUGGCUAUUGGAGAGCUCUCCGGAAGCCCCGCUGCCUCAGGGGUGGCACAACCCACCGUAUCAAGGAGGAGGAGUGUUGAGGAGUGUUAAGGUGACUGGCCCACCCUGGUCUCCUGCACUCAUUCUGCGGGAAGCACAGUCUCCUCCCUUGCACUUGGGCUCCUGGCGCCCCUACACUUAGGAGGCGAGCACUCUGCUAAGCUGUACUUCUGCUUCUGUCUCCCACCCAACCCUUCAGCUCAGCACCAACACCGUUGCUCUGGAGCCAUGGCUGCUGUAAACACUUGGGGUCUCCGCUCAGACAUGCUAACACCUCUGCUGGUGCAGGCGGCCUCCCUUGCUUUUCUCCUAAGAGAGACAGGUGGCUUGAGACUUCUGUCUGAGUUCUCAGCAUCCUCACUGCCAUUGUCCUUUGUCAUCCCCCGAUCCUAGCAUUGAAGGCUUCAGUGUAAUAAACAAGUGUUCAA